CACAAAAAUAGGUUAUUUCCGUAAUUUAUAUUUGUUUAAUGUAAUAUGGUUGCAACUCAAAAUAAAUUCCAAAAAAAUAUUAAAAAUAUUUUACUACUUGCUUCUUUAAAUUAAACAUGGCUCCCCCAAUUCCUGACAGGUGGAUACCUUACAAAGCAUGUGGCAAGGUUAUUGAGGGAACAAGGAUUAUAUGCUUUAAAGUGCCGUUAAGAAAGGCCGUACAAAUUGGGAAGAGUGAAAUUAAAGAAAUAUGGGAUAUCAAAGCGCUCUUAGAGAACAUACCCAAUUUGGGCGCGGUUAUAGAUUUGACAAAUACAGCUCGGUAUUAUGAUCCACGGGAACUGCAAGCGGCGGGCGUUCUUCACCAGAAAAUUUUAAUGCCAGGUCGCAUUAUACCACCAGAAAACAAAGUCCAACGAUUUAUGGACACCGUUGACGAGUUCCUGGGAAAAGAUUGCGUGGCCGUACAAGUAAAGAGAGCCCGCCUCGGUUUGUCGACCACAGAAUUUCUCGUCGGCGUCCAUUGCACUCACGGCCUGAACAGAACAGGCUACAUGGUUUGUCGCUAUAUGCGCGAUCGUCUCAAUAUACCUGGUCAACUGGCCAUCAAACGAUUCGAAAAAGCUCGAGGAUAUCAAAUUGAGAGAGAGAAUUACGUAGCAGAUAUAUUAGGUGAGAAACCGCCUCCUCCAGAUUUGAAUUUCAGAAAAGGUACAAAUAUCAAGUCCUUAGAAGACGGAGACAAAGACAACGAAGAUGAGGAUAAUAGACAUGAAAAAGAUGACCGAAAUACCAACGAUAAGACUCGCAGGAGAAAAAAGGACAUUGAUAACAGAAAUUGGAGAAGUGAGGAGAACAGAGGAAACUGGAGAAGUGAAGCUCAAACAGGUAGUAGUAGUAGUAGAAAUUGGAGGAGUCAAGAAGACAGCCGUGGAUCCAGGCGAGCGGAAACCAGCGGCAGUUGGAGAAGAAAGAAAACUGACUCCGAAAGUUCAUAUAACUUUAAGUACGACUAUUAACGAAAAUUUACUCUAGCAACAAUGAUUUUUAUUUUAUAUGAAAUUUUUCCCGUGUGUUGUAAAUUCUGUGGAAGUAUUUUAGGCUCAUGAAAUUAUAUUUUUUACUUACAAGUAUUUUAAUAUCAAUAAGUUAUUCACAAUUAGGCAAUGACCAAAUGUGGUAAUAGUUUUAAUAAACCAAACUUGUACUAUCAAAUACUCAACGCAAUGUUUUAUAAUAGUUAAUUUCUGGAACAAGUAAUGAAAUGAAUGGGUAAGUAAUUCAUAUUUAUACAAAUUAUCUUUUACAUAAUUAUUUCUCGUAUGAACCUGUUGUAUUUUAUAUGAAUUAAACAAUAUUCGGGUGCA